CCCCCACCAGGAGUCCGAAUGCCGUGCCCGAGGCCCACAGGUACCCGACGAGCGAGGGUCGGCAGGUGAUCACGGGGCGGCGACCGCAGAGGGCGACGCGGCGCCUCACGUGCUCGUCGAGUGUAAACAAACCUCAGCUGGAGGAGGACGUGUCCCCGCCUCUCUCCUUGGCACUGGGCACCCUUCGCCUUGCCCUUGGGCAUGAACAUGCCCCCGCCACCAGGACUGUAAAAUAAGCAUUUGGACUCAAGAAAGUUAUCAGUUGGACAGAGGAAUAUCCAACCAUAGCCAUGUGUGGUGAACGCUGCCACAUUGUGUGUUCACAGUGGAGGCUGUGGAUCAGGCCACUUGUGUUCUUUUUGUACGGUGUGAUUAUCUUAGGCUUUGUUCCCUAUCUAGUCUACACAUUGGUUAUUCAAGGAAUAGACACAUUCCUAAUAGCAUGGCUAAUUGGAGGAAUCUUUGUGUUCAUGGCUAUCCCCAUAACAAUAUGGGAAAUAGUUCAGCAUCUCAUCAACUACACCAAGCCCAAGUUACAAAAACAUAUUAUCAGGAUAUUGUGGAUGGUACCAGUGUAUGCACUUAAUGCGUGGCUGGUAUUGGGUUUUCCAAAAUGGGCCCCCUAUCUGGACGCAGCGAGGGAGUGCUACGAAGCCUAUGUCAUCUACAAUUUCAUGAUGUUCCUCUUGAAUUUCCUGGAUGACGAAAUGGACCUCGAUGCAACAAUGGAGACCAAGCCGCAGACGGAACAUUUCUUCCCACUGUGUUGCCUCAAACCAUGGAGGAUGGGGAGGGAGUUUAUCCAUCGCUGCAAGCACGGCAUCCUACAAUACACUGUAUUCCACCUCAUGACAACGUUUGUAGCCUUCGUUUGUGGUCAGGCUGGAGUGUACGAAGAAGGAAAAUUGUCUCCUACAAAUGCAUUUGUGUACUUGUUUGUGGUGAACAACUUGUCGCAGUUUGUGGCCAUGUACUGCUUGGUGUUGUUCUACAAAGCCAUGAGGAGAGAACUCGACCCCAUGUCGCCUCUCGCAAAGUUCUUAUGUAUCAAAGCCGUUGUCUUCUUUUCAUUCUUUCAAGGUGUGGCCAUCAUGUUCCUUAUGAAAGCACAGUUCAUGCAUAACUUGUUUGGAAUAGUUGAUGACAGUCCAGAGAGUGAAGCAAAGGAAAGGAAGACCGCUAGUAUCCUUCAGAAUUUCCUGAUCUGCAUAGAGAUGUUCAUUGCUGCUGUAGCGCACCAUUAUGCCUUCUCCUACAAACCGUACAUGGAUGAAGAGUACGAGACGGGCAACUGCUGCCACACAUUCCUCCUUAUCUGGGACAUAUCAGACGUGCGUUCCGAUAUCAGGGAGCAUGUUUAUGUUGUCAGUGAAGGCAUGAAGCGGCGCCUGACUUCACGUGGAGGAGGAUGGCCGGGUGGAGCUACUGCCGUGGGUGGUAGUAAUGGGGGAGACGAGCACACACGCCUUAUCGCCCCCCAUGCCCACUCAGGUUCUCAGGGUACACAUCGCUACAUGUCCACUUCAGACUCUGAGCACGACAUUGUCAUUGAACAGGGCGAGGGCUCAGACCCAGAAGACAUGAAAGCCAUAUGACACCCAACAGUCCCUCGUCCCGGCACUGUGGUAUAAAGCGGGUGAGGGUGUCACUUCGUGUUGGAGAAGCACUAUGCCGCACACUCCUACGCAGGUAGACAAGAACCAAGCUUGGUCUAGUGAGAGAAUUUUGUGUGUGUCUCUGUGUAAGUCUGCUACACAGGCUUCAGAUUUUGUAUUCUAUUUUGUUAGUAUUUUUGCUAUUAUGGUUACAGUCUUUUAGAAGAGAGAUGAUUCUAGGGCUUCAUCUGAUGUGAAAGUGAAUUUGACUUCUGCUUAGAAAUGCAUGGAUUGGCAAUGAGAUUUAUACAACCAUUGCAUUUCCCAUCUCCCCUCCUCUCAUUUUUAAUUCCUUGUUUAGAAGUGGAAGUGUAGUUUAGUAGGUAAGAUGUCUGUAUGAAACUGAAGUGUUAAAAUACCAAAGCUGUAUAUGUAUAUUAAAAGUGCCCAUGAUGUUAGCUUAAAAAGUAUCUCUUAUAAAUCUUAUCAUAUAUUUACCAGUAACUUGUAGCUAGUCAGAAAAGUAAUUUUGUAGCUCAUAAGGAAAAAUAACAAAUCACAUUUUACUCAUAGAAAUAUGUUUUUUUAUAAGGAAAUGUAUUUAUUAUAUACAUUAAACUAUUUGCCUCCAGACUGAAGUUUUUGUUGUCGUAUAUUAUCUUAUGAAAGGGGAACUACAGAAUAUAGAGAGUAAGAGCCAGAAUUUUUCAAAGAUGAUAAUAAUACCUUCAGUCUGAAUUGUAUUUCCUCCAAAAGUUAUUUUAGUUUAAGGAUUGAGAUUCAAAAAAUAAGUAAAUGGGAACUAAAGUGAAAUCAGCAUACAUAAUGGGGUUUAUUAGAUACCUGUUUAAUUAACCAAGGAAUAAUAUAUUUAUUUUGACAAGAGAAAAGGAUUUCCUGAAUUAACAUUCUAGAAUCUGCUAUAUGUUCUUCAUACUGAUUCAGUAUCAUAACCAGCAUUGAAUAUUAUGCCACAUGAUGAAAUAGGCAUUAGGUAGUGCAGAUGAAAAGCAAAAUACAGGCCCA